UCUCUGGUUAUCUAAGAUUCUGAAUAUGGGCUUGUGUGGGGAUUUUCUCCGCCAGGCCAAUGCUAUUCUGCUUUCUGCUUCUCCCAGCGCAACCGGAAUCCUGAUUGCUCCAACAUUUGAAGAUCUUUCCCCAUUGAUUACUCAUUACUUGGUGAUAAUACUAUUGCUCGCAAAUCAGCUAUCGGCAAGGUACAUGCUAGGCAAGCCAUGGAAGGAAUGUACGUAUGUCGCCACUCGUCUCUUGACUCUAUUUCGGUAGAAAUUUAGAGGGGUAUCGUCACGUUGAAUUAACAUCAUCUGUGUGGUUACCUGUACGUGAAAACGAAGUUCUCAGUACUGAAGAGCAGCAAGUCUAGGUGCGGAGUACCUAAACUUGGGACCGACAUCGGCUUAGGUGAUUUGAACUACGACUGAAUGAUUGGACGGCUUCGGCUGCGAGCGAACAAUUACGAGAAUUCAUUCUCACCAAGCAUCGAAAAAUCCAUUCAGGCAAAAAACAGAAAAAGGACUAGAAGAGAGAGAAUUGAUAAUCACAGACAUUCAGGUCCUCGAUAUAGAGGGAUACCGUACAGACUUCAGAGCCUCUUAUUUCAUAGGUAUUAUUCCCUUGUAAGGUAGGUACCAAGAUCCACUGAUAAAGUUGACAAUAGUGCGUCAGCUCCUAGUAUCUAUUCAUGGCUGCAGUCUGCACACUGCACAAAGCAUGCAGUACUCCGUACGGAGUGAAGGAC